ACCAACUCUUGGUACAGAGAAGGUAAGAAGAGGCAGGUGAGUCUUCAUGCUGUGUUUAAAAGCUUCCUUCCCAGUGGAGCCACACUGAGGUCUGCUCAGCUGAAGCCAGAGGCACAGUGAACUACUGACUAAUGGAUUCUCCAAUUGUUAAACCCGUGUUAUAGGACAAAGAGCAUUGCUCCGAAAAAUCUUGACCUACAGGUUGCUGCUACCAAAGACCUUCUCAAAGAGAGGGAGGUUUUCUCUUGGAGGUUGCAAACCAGAACAGGUCCUGGAGGAUAAGGAUAAGGAUAUGCUACCCUCUGUUGUGUUUUUGGGACUUACAGUCCUCAUUGGCACUUCCAGGGCUUCCUACCCGUUCACUCAUUCCAUGGACAGUCACCUGCAUCCUCGUCUGUACCACGGCUGCUAUGGGGACAUUAUGACCAUGGAGGCUUCCGGGGCCCCCUGUGACAUAGACAAUUUGAUUAACUGCGGGAUCCGUGGCUCUGAAAUGUUUGCUGAGAUGGACUUGAAGGCCAUAAAGCCUUAUCAGACGCUGAUCAAGGAAGUGGGGCAGAGGUACUGCAUUGACCCUGCUAUCAUCGCAGCCAUCAUCUCCCGAGAAAGCCACGGUGGCACUGUUCUGCAAAAAGGCUGGGACCACCGGGGACUUAAAUUUGGCCUGAUGCAGCUCGAUAAACAAAUCCACCACCCUGUUGGUUCCUGGGACAGCAAAGAGCACCUUUUGCAAGGUGCUGGUAUUCUAACAGACAGAAUUAAAGCCAUCCAGAGAAAAUUCCCCAAGUGGAGUGCUGCUCAACACCUGCAAGGUGGUCUCUCUGCCUUUAAGUCAGGAAUCGAAACCAUUGUCACCCCUGCAGACAUAGACACUGACCUCGUCAAUGAUCUUCUUGUCCGAGCUAAAUUCUAUAGAAGACAUGGCUUCUAGGCAAAGCCCUAUAAAUGAACCAUGUUGCUUGGGUAUCAAAUGCUCCCUCUUUAAGUUUGAUAUGAAUGUGUUGUACUUCACCCUGACACAACAUGGUUGAAAUUAUGAAAGAAAAUUUAUUUCUGAAUUUCUUAAUGACAGUAAGGAUUAAAAGAAGAAGAAUGAGAGGGUUGGAGAUGUAGUUCAGUGAUAGAGCCCUUGCCUAAUAUACACAAGGCUCUGGAUUCAACCCCAGCGCCACAUGCACACACACAAAUAAUAAGUAAAGACAAAAGAAAAUUACCCAGUUCACAAUAUAGCUCCCAUGAAAUGUACAUAGACAUACAUACAAUUGCUUUGCAGCCAACGUGAAUAUUAUGGCAUUGACAUCUACACAUUCUAACAAGACUUCAUUUUAGCCCAUGACUUCAAUACCCACCUGUACUCCAUCUACCAGAAUUACUAACAGGAAGUUAAGUGAGCCUGACCUGAGCCUUUGUCCUUUUCUCAACAUCUUCCCAAAUUGCAAGGGCUUUGCUCAUGAGAAGCUCCUAGUUCAUAAGCCAGGCAACCCAUGUGACAAUGGAGAAGCCGGGGAGAGAAUUCUACCUCCAUAAGUAGCUGAGAGCUGGUGGAGGUGAUGCUGACCUUCAAGCGAUGUGUGUAUAUCCUUCAGGCCCACACCAACUCCUGUGUUUCCUUCUCUUGUUUGCUGAAGGUCCAUGGACUGGCUUCUUCUAUAUUCAGUCAUUGUCACAAACUCUUUCUAAGGGGUCUGUUGCCUACAAAAGAAGGUUGAAGAUAAAAACAUUUGGCACUGGCAUUAAUUUGGUCCCGUGGAUGCAAAACAGAAAGCAAUUUUUUAUUGCUUAAAAAGUUCUGAAAUUUUUUAAGCAAUAAAAGGAAAUUACUAGAAGGCUAUCUGAUGACUCCCAGAACUAAAACAGAGAGAGGGGUGGUGGGAGGAACUGGAGAGCAAUCGGUUAAGCAUACUUUAUAGCAUCCCACCAGGUGAAACCACCAGCACCCUCACUGCACAGAUGAACUCCAAAGACGCCCCCCACCAUCCUUUCAGCUCUCUGCUCUGUAUUCAAGGCCCCAUGGGUGUGGUGUGGGGAUGGGAUGUGGAUUCUUUCAGUUGAGCACCUGUCUUUUGGCUGCUUUGCUCUUUGGUCUUGCCCAGACUACCUAUGAUGGAGAGGAGACAAUUCUCUGGAAGGAAAUUGAAUCACCUUGGUGAUGUUUACUUACAUG